ACCUCCGGCUCCUGAUUGGUGAGGGGCUCCUCCGGGAGCUCAGCACCGCCCAGAGGAGCGACCCACCGCCCGAAGCUACGCUGCUGAUUGGUGGGAAAUCCUUUCAAAGUGUCCGCCAACAUUCAGAGCGGGCCGCCCUCUGCUGCUCUGCUGGAAGCCUCUUCUCUGGUUGGUCUGUCAGCAAGUCUCGCUCCGCGGACAUAUAAAGGAGCUUUCUGCUGGUGGAGCAACACUUUUUAUUAGUCUCGACUACUGAAAACAUCUCACGAUGAGCGGAAGAGGCAAAACCGGCGGAAAGACCAGAGCUAAGGCAAAGACCCGCUCUUCCCGUGCUGGGCUCCAGUUCCCAGUCGGUCGUGUUCACAGGCAUCUGCGUAAAGGAAACUAUGCGCAGCGUGUGGGUGCCGGCGCCCCCGUCUACCUGGCGGCUGUGCUGGAGUACCUGACCGCUGAGAUCCUGGAGUUGGCUGGAAACGCUGCCCGCGACAACAAGAAGACCCGUAUCAUCCCCCGUCACCUGCAGCUGGCUGUCCGCAACGACGAGGAGCUCAACAAGCUGCUGGGCGGAGUGACCAUCGCUCAGGGCGGCGUGCUGCCCAACAUCCAGGCUGUUCUGCUGCCCAAGAAGACCGAGAAGGCCGCCAAGUCCAAGUAAAGCUGGAGACUCGCUGACUGCUGGAAACCAGCCCCCAAAA